GCUCAGCAGAACAGAGAAAGAGCAUCCCUCUAGGCAACUGAGAAAGAAGUUAAAAGAGCCUGCCGCAGACGCUGUUUCUUUCUUCCGCCACUUGCUGUUUAAGUGCCGUGCGAUUACAAAAAUCCUCCUCCUUCCCUCCUCCUCCUUCUCCUCGGACUCAUUUGCUGGAAGGAAGCGACGGCACAAGGCUGAGCUGAGAAGUUUUGGCAUGGACUUGGGAAGGCAAAGGGUCUGGAGACUGGAAGACCCAACGUACUGGCGGGCUGGCAGCACCUCUGCAGCACCAGCAUGCUGGCAGGCUCCCGUGUUUCUUGCUAGUCCAGUCUCUGGUGGGACCUUGUUUGGAUCCACCACCUUUUAGUAUCAGCUGAUGGAACUCUUCAGAUCUCCUCCUUGGAGAUAAGACACCUGCGUUGUGGGGAAGACUCUUCGGUGAAGGAGAGAAGGACUUUCUUCGGUGGGGUGAAGGUUCUCCUUUCAAAUACAAGAGGUCUGUCUUUGGACAGACUUAGCAGGAACUGAAGAUGGAGAAUGAGGCUGGGAAAUCUGUGGACAACCAAAUGGAUAAAUAUAUAGUAACCAUCAUGGGGAAAUCAGAAAGCCAAAUGGAUAUUGUGGAGAAAUCAACCAGACCUGGACAGAAGUCCUGGAACUUUGUCACGAUCGGCCUGACCGUGCUUUUGAUCCUCAUGACUUGUGCCGUGGUGGUGCUUCUAAUCUUGCAUUCCAGCAGCAGAGAUAUGCGCUAUGCUGCCAGCCCUGGGAACAUAUGUACUACUUCGGGAUGUGUCACAGCAGCUGCCAGGAUAAUUCAGAAUAUGGACCCUACGGCAGAGCCAUGCCAGAAUUUCUACCAGUACGCCUGUGGAGGGUGGCUGAAUCGGCACGUGAUCCCAGAAACAAGCUCUAGAUACAGCAUUUUUGACAUCUUGAGGGAUGAGCUGGAGAUUAUUCUCAAAGGUGUGCUUGAGACACCAGGCUCGGAAGAUCGGGAAGCCUUUCGGAAGGCAAAAACACUAUAUCGAUCCUGUAUGAAUGAAAGUUUUAUAGAGCAACGUGAUUCAUUGCCUCUGCUAGAGGUCUUGCGUGUGGCUGGAGGCUGGCCGGUGGCUUCUACAGACUGGAAUAUCACGAAAGAGCCAAACUGGAGCCUGGAAGAGAGGCUAUCCUUGCUGAAUUCCCGAUUCAACAGCCGAAUCCUGAUUGACAUGUCCGUAUGGCACGAUGAUCAGGAUUCCAGCAGAAAUAUUAUUUAUAUUGACCAGCCUGGCCUAGGGAUGCCUUCCAGAGAUUACUACUUUAAUGAUGGCAACUACCAAAGAGUUCGAGAAGCUUACUUGCAGUACAUGAUCACCAUCGCCAAAAUGAUCAGAGAAGAUCUGAAGAUCUCCAAAGACAAUGUGCUUGUAGAAGAAGAAAUGAAAACAGUGCUGGAAUUUGAGACUGAUAUUGCAAAUGCUACAGCUCCAGUAGAAGAAAGGCACGACGUAACCUUGCUUUACAACAAAAUGACAAUUGCCAAACUACAGGAAAGGUUUGAGCUGAAUGGGUUUAAUUGGACACUUUUCAUCCAAGGGGUCAUGUCUUCAGUGAAUAUUGAGAUCAACUCUGAUGAAGAGGUAGUUGUGCAUGGAGUACCAUAUCUCCAGGAACUAAAAGCCAUCCUCUCCAGCUAUUCAGCCAGCACUAUCCAGAACUACUUGGUUUGGCGACUGGUUCUUGACAGAGUUAGCGGCUUGAGCCGGCGUUUCAAAGAUGCCCGGGUAAACUACAGGAAGGUAACAUUCCUCACCAUGGUAGAAGAUGCCCGGUGGCGUGACUGCGUGAGCUAUGUCAACACCAACAUGGAAAAUGCAGUCGGAGCACUUUAUGUAAGGGAAACUUUCGCUGGGAAGAGCAAAAGAAUGGUGCGAGACCUCAUUGACAAAAUCCGCAGAGUGUUCAUUGAGACGCUGGAUGAACUGCAGUGGAUGGAUGAAACAUCGAAAAUGAAAGCCAAAGAAAAGGCCAAUGCAAUUAAAGAGCAAAUAGGCUAUCCAGAUUAUAUUCUAGAAGAUCAGAAUGAAAAGCUGGACCAGGAAUAUAUAAAUCUGACUUUCAGCGAACACGAGUACUUUGAAAACAUCCUGGUCAACCUCCAGACUGGGGCCCAGAAAAGCUUGAGAAAGCUGAGAGAGAGAGUCGACCAAGAUGUAUGGCUGAUAGGUGCUGCCGUGGUCAAUGCGUUCUAUUCCCCCAACCGGAACCAGAUUGUUUUCCCUGCAGGGAUCCUUCAGCCCCCUUUCUUCAGCAAGCACCAACCGCAGGCACUCAACUUCGGUGGGAUUGGAAUGGUAAUAGGUCAUGAGAUCAUACACGGAUUUGAUGACAAUGGCAGGAAUUUCGACAAAGAUGGCAACAUGUUUGAUUGGUGGAGCAACUUUUCUGCAACACAUUUCAAGGAGCAGUCACGCUGUAUGAUCUACCAGUAUGGGAACUAUUCAUGGGAGCUGGCUGGGGGACAAAACGUCAGUGGAAUCAGCACUCUUGGGGAAAACAUUGCUGACAAUGGAGGCGUCCGUCAGGCCUACAAGGCUUACUUAAAAUGGGUCGAAAGAGAAGGAAAGGAGCCAAGUUUGCCCGGGUUGGAUCUGACUCACGAACAGCUCUUCUUCCUCAAUUUCGCACAGGUCUGGUGCGGUUCCUACAGGCCUGAAUAUGCAAGCCAAUCCAUUAAGACUGAUGCCCACAGUCCGUUAAAGUUCAGGGUAAUGGGGUCCUUGCAAAACUUCGAAGCCUUUUCAGAAGCAUUCCACUGCAAAGUGGGUACCGCCAUGCACCCCAUAGAGAAGUGCAGAGUCUGGUAGCUAAAGAGACUAUCACCCUCAGGCUUCUACAGUCAGAAACUCUGGACUCAUUUGGAGUUUGCCAAUGAUGUGCCUGUUGGUUUUUAAUUUCCCCCCCCCGCCCCGGUUGAGUUGCAGCCACGAUGAACAGUGCAGCUAUUUCAAUCAUGAGAGGACAAGCUACAGCUUCGAUUCUGGGGAUUCAAGUGGGCCAGUAUCUUGAAAUACCAUCUGUAUUGAAAGUUACGGUAUGCAUCAGAAGAAGAAAAAGAAAAAACAGACUGUUUCUCAAGACGUCGACUGUUAUUAAGAUACAUCAGGGUUUAAAAGAUUAGCUAUUUAAAAAGAGAGACUGUUCUAUUUUUCAGCGAGUUUGGAUUUCUGUGAGUUUGGGGGGAAAAACUCUUGGAGGGUUUUUUGCCCUUCCUGAGUUAGUGUUUGUCGGAAGCUGGGAAUCAGUUCACCAUUCGCUGUUUGCUGUGCAACUUGCCUUUCUGCUCCAAGCCAAUCUGCACAAAUUAUGAAGAGUCUUACCAAGAACCUGUGUAAUGCAGUAUCCUGACCCCUACAAUAGCUAGCAAGAUGACCAAGCAAGUUCUCAAAACAACAUUUCCCCAGUAAAUGUUCCAAGGGUCCAACGGGCAGAAAACCUUAUGGGGCCACCAUAAGUUGGCUGCAACUUGCUUGCAAAAAAAGAAAAGCAAUUGAUUAGCCAUUCCUCCAAGAAUUUGUCUAACCCCCAUUUUAAAGACAACCCACAUGGUGACCAUCACUAUACUUUGUAGUAGGGAGUUCUUUAGGUUCUUCUUAGGUGAAGAAAUACUUUCAUUGGUCCUUUUGCUUAUCCCUAUUAUGGGAGACAGUGUAGUGUAGUGGUUAAGAGCAGCGGACUCUGAUCUGGAGAUCUGGGUUCGAUUCCCCACUCUUCCACAUGAAGCCUGCCGAAUGACAUUGGACUA